UUCACAAUCAGAUAAAAAAAACAAAACAAAAGAGAAGCUCAUUGAAAAGAGAGAAAAAUCAAAGACAAUGUCAGGGAUCAUGCACAAGAUUGAGGAGACUCUCCAUAUGGGAGGGCACAAGAAAGAGGAGGAGCACAAGGGGGAGAGCCAUGGUGAGUACAAAGGAGAGCACCAUGGUGAACACAAAGGGGAGGGGCAUCAUGGUUAUGGAGAGCACAAACCAGAGCACCAUGGUGAAGAGCAUAAGGAAGGCUUUGUGGACAAGAUCAAGGACAAGAUCCAUGGUGACCAUGACAAUGACAAGGUAGAUGGAGAGAACAAGAAGAAGAAGAAGGACAAGAAGAAACAUGAACAUGGCCAUGAUCAUGGCCAUGACAGCAGCAGCAGUGACAGUGAUUAGAUCUUCCCCCGUUGCAUCUUCUAUGUCAAGGUGUAUGGGACCAUAGAGUGAGGGCUAUGUCUUUCCUUUUUCUUCUAAUGUUCUAUUAGUUAUGAGUGGGGAAAAAAAAACAACAACGAGAAAUUAUGCUUGUUUUUAGUUGCUAAUUCGAGUGCUUAUAAUAUGCGGUUAGGUUGGUUUUUAAAACUCCACUGCUUUGGUUGUGUUUGGUUUUAUAUUAACCUAAUAAAUAAGAUUUCUAUUAUUAGUAUUA